AUGAUUGCUGUUGUGGCAAAAGCUAUUUUUGUUAUCCUUGUUAUCGCACCGUCUGCUACUCCCAGAAUACACAAGCUACCUCUUACGGAUGAUGAACGACAUUAUGUUGAUCUUACAACCUUUGGGUUCUUCCAAGGAGGUAUUCUAGAUGUACAUAUGAUCAAUUUUAUGUUACCAACUGGACCUGUAAAUGGAGAGUAUGGAUUCACAUUAGAUCGUACUGUGAAUGAUGCUAUCAAUCCUUACCUUGAGGUGCACUCGGAUACAUGUAUUCUUAAAGGAGUAGAAAAAAGCAGUACACUACUUUCACCACAUCAUCCUGCAAUAGUUUUUUUGAAGAUGGACUUUAAAAAUUUAAGAAUAAACAUAACUUGUGAAGGUGAAGUGACAGCGCUUCAUUUGUACCAGAAUCGAUCAAUGAUACCCAUCGAUAGGACAAAGAGGCAUUCGCAAUAUAUGUUUGUUAAUAGACGGAGGCGAUCUACUGAUGUGAAUGAGGAAGUAAAACAACAGACUUUGGGACCACAGUGCUCGUAUGCAGUUCUUCCCAUCACGAAAGAGACGCGUAAUGGCUUCGAUUACUAUAAUACAAGUUUUGCAAUGUAUGUGGCAUCGGACAAAGAGGAAGGCCUUUAUAACUUAUACUUCCACAAUUGCCCAGGAGAGGCUGAGGCACGGACACCUAUUAAUGUUAUGAUCGAAAUAUAUGAGAGCAACGAUGGCAACUUUCUGUCUGCUGGUGAAAUGCCUCUACCAGCCCUGUAUAGCAUGAUGUCACUUAUAUUCUUCCUAAGUGCAGGCUUUUGGACGUUUAUUCUGAAGACAAGUAGACAUAAAGUAUACAGAAUUCACAUUGUAAUGUGUGUACUUGUCUAUUUGAAAGCCAUGUCUCUGGCCUUCCAUGGUAUUAAUUACCAUUUCAUACAAACAAGAGGUGAACAUGUCACAGCUUGGGCUAUACUCUAUUACAUAACGCACUUGUUAAAAGGCGCAGUAUUAUUUGUGACAAUAGUCCUGGUCGGAACAGGUUGGAACUUUAUAAAGCACAUUCUCGCUGAUCGCGACAAGAAAAUCUUCAUGAUUGUAAUACCCUUGCAAGUGGUGGCAAAUGUGGCAGAGAUAAUAAUAGCGGAGAGUGAAGAGGGUGCUGCAGAACACAACGCUUGGCGUGUUCUCUUCAUGUUCGUGGACAUCUUGUGUUGUGGCGCCAUCAUGUUCCCUGUGGUCUGGUCUAUACAUCACCUGGAGGACUCGAUGUCGACGGCGUCGGCCGACGGCAGGGCGGCUGUGAACUUGCGCAAGCUGAAGCUGUUCCGGCAUUUCUAUAUGAUGAUACUCUGCUACAUAUAUUUUACUAGGAUCAUUGUUACUAUCUUAGAGAACACAGUGCCGUUCCAAUACUCUUGGAUAGACGAGAUGUUCCGCGAGAUGGCCACGUUCGUGUUCUUCGUGACGACCGGGUACAAGUUCAGGCCGGCGGCCGCAAACCCCUACUUCACACCCACACAUAUGGAGGAUGUCGAGCCUAAAGUUCUAUCCGAAAUCGGAGUACUGGAAGGAGUUACUAAUAGAGAGAAAAAGCGAGAUGAUAUGCAACCCCUCAUGCAAGAUAAUUCCGAC